GUAGCGCUUAGCUGGCAGCCUCCUCCUGAGGACGCUCGAGUCUCUGCAAAGCAGCCAUGGCAUCGCCUGAAGAGUCAUCAGACGAGCGUAUGGCCGGCUCCUCCCUCACAGAUGACGAGAGCAGACCAGCACGCCCACACAUCGCACUAGACGCAGCAGCUCGAGCAAGUCGACAGACAAGACGGUCUCAAACGCCCAGCACGGCCACAUCCUAUCGUCCGGCUUCUAGCUUCGGCUAUUCUCAUCCUCCCAUUCGUCCACAGCUUGGACCUGGUCUGGCCGGUACUUCACCGCCCCGCCCACGUUCACGUUUGGGCGGUUCAUCAAAGAAUGGACUGAUUGAGAUGGUCCCUGUGCCCGCUAGCGGAGCUUCCAUGAACCGACAACCCGCAAAGACAAUCAAAAAGGAUCAGGAUGGCCAUGCGAAAGCGCCCAGUCUGACAAAACUGGACAACAAUUCGAGGAUCAUCAUCGUUUCCAAUCGUUUGCCUGUCACGAUCAGUCGCAAGGAAGACGGGACGUACGACUUUGCAAUGAGCAGCGGUGGACUCGUCUCUGCUCUCUCUGGUUGCAAACGUCAGAUGGCCUUUACCUGGAUCGGCUGGCCUGGGUUUGAUCCGCCCGACGACGAGAAGGAAGAGCUCACUCGACGACUCAUGGAAGAGUACUCCUGCAAGCCUGUCUUCAUGUCGGCCGAAAUCGCGGAUCGGCAUUACAACGGCUUCUCCAAUUCCAUCCUCUGGCCACUUUUUCACUACCAUCCAGCGGAGAUCGUUUUUGACGAGCUGAACUGGCUUGCGUAUCGUGAAGCCAACAUGCUCUUUGCAGAGGCCGUCAGAAAGGAAGUCAGAGCGUCCGACAUGGUAUGGGUACAAGAUUAUCACCUCAUGCUCCUGCCGAUGAUGCUACGCGUCACCAUCGAAGGCCUCUCGAGUAUGGGCGAAUCGGCCGAGAAAGAGAUGAAGAAUCUCUAUCGGGGCUUGCAGCGAACCGAGAGCAGAAAGCGAAUCGCAACCCAGGGCGCAGGCACGAGCGAUGGCGAUACCACUCGAGGCAAUAUCAAGAUUGGCUUCUUCCUUCACACUCCCUUUCCGAGUUCGGAAAUCUACAGGAUCUUGCCGGUACGGCGAGAGAUCUUGAUGGGUCUCUUGCAUUGUGACCUCAUCGGCUUCCACACCUACGACUAUGCCCGUCAUUUUCUGUCGAGUUGUACGCGCAUUCUCGGCGUGCCCACCAUGCCCAACGCUGUCGAAUUCGAUGACCGGUACGCCAACGUGGGCACCUUCCCCAUCGGCAUCGAUCCGGACACUUUUGUCGAGGCGCUGGCUAAACCGAAAGUGUCGGAUCGGAUCGCUGCUCUCCGACAUCGGUUCGAGGGCAUCAAGAUCAUCGUUGGCGUGGACAGACUCGACUACAUCAAAGGCGUGCCCCAGAAACUGCACGCCUUUGAGAUCUUUCUCUCAGAGCAUCCGGAAUGGAUUGGUAAGGUCGUUCUCGUUCAAGUCGCGGUACCCUCUCGAGGCGACGUCGAAGAGUAUCAAACCUUACGCGCAAUGGUCAAUGAGCUCGUCGGACGUAUCAACGGACGAUUCGGAACCGUCGAACAUAUGCCGAUACAUUUCAUGCACCGGAGCGUCGACUUUGACGAGCUGUGCGCUCUCUAUGCCAUCUCUGAUGCCGCUCUCAUCACUUCUACACGCGACGGCAUGAACCUCGUCUCAUACGAGUAUAUCGCUUGUCAGAAGGGUCAGCACGGCGCGUUGAUCCUAUCAGAGUUUACGGGUGCUGCGCAUUCUCUCAACGGAUCCAUCAUCGUCAAUCCUUGGAACACAGCGGAAGUAGCGGACGGCAUUCACAAAGCGUUGACGAUGCCGCCCGCAUUGCGCAAGGCGAACUACGAGAAGCUCUACAGCUACAUCUCCAAAUACACGGCCGCAUACUGGGGACUCUCAUUCGCAAGUUGGUUGCAACAUCAGGCCUAGAUACACACGCAGGAUACGAUCGUGUUGAU